ACAAACCCUUGGCACAUGCCGCUGCCCCGUGUCCCCAUGGGUGCCCUGGGUCCCCGCCAGGCCGUGGUGCCACCCCCGGGCGGUGUCCGUCCGUGCGUCCGUGUGUCCGUCCCAGAGCCCACACGGUUAACGCGGCCCGGGCCCGGCCCCCCCCGGCCAUUGGCUCUCCCACCGCAGCCCCGCAGCUAUUUCUUGGCCGCCGGGCCCGGAGGUGACAGCAGGCGACAGCGGCGCUCGCCCUGCCCGCUCGCUCCGGGCUCUCGGGGGGUGCCGGCACCCCGCCCCCCGCGCCCCGCCAUGGGGGGCUGCCCCCGCAGCGGCUGGGUUCUGCCCCUUGUCUUGGCUGGGCUCGUCCAGCUGGGGCGAAGUGAGGAGUUGGAGAAGGUGGAUUGCUACCCGUCGGUGAAUGGCACCAUCUACAGCUACAGGGCUGUGUCCCUCGAUGGGGACGAGUACAUCCCCUUUGAGAGGUACAAGGGGAAGACAGUGCUCUUCGUCAACGUAGCCACAUACUGAGGCUUGACCCACCAGUAUGUUGAACUGAAUGCACUACAAGAUGAGCUGAGAAGCCAGGAUGUCGUGAUCCUUGGCUUCCCCUGCAACCAGUUUGGGAAGCAGGAACCUGGCCAGAACUCAGAGAUCCUCCCUGCGCUGAAGCAUGUCCGGCCAGGAGGUGGCUUUGUUCCCAACUUCCAGCUGUUCAAGAAAGGGGACGUGAACGGGGCCAAUGAGCAGAAGAUCUUCACCUUCCUGAAGAACGCCUGUCCCCCGGUGGCGGAGGAGUUUGGGAACCCCAACAAGCUCUUCUGGGAGCCUCUGCGGAACCAUGACAUCAAGUGGAACUUUGAGAAGUUCCUGGUGAGCCCCGAGGGCGUGCCCGUCAUGCGCUGGUACCAUCGCACCAACAUCGCUGCCGUGAAGAAUCACGUCACCACCUUCCUGAGGCUGCGGCAGCAGAACCAAAAUUAACAGCAGGACCAGCAGCACCUUGGGCCGCUGGCUUAAGGCCAGCAUCUUCCCAUUCCACUCCCUCCCCAGAUGUUCCCCAGCAGCAGAAAUCACGCUCUGUCCCCUCCAUUGCUCCCGUCUCUGGCACCCCCCAAGUCAGGAUGCUGGGCUGGGCAACCUUGUGGCAGAGACCUCAGCGAUGGCAGUGGGAUACUUCCAAUACCCCUGUCCCACCUCCACCCCUGGUGGUGACAUCUCCUGGCCUCCAGCUUGCUCCCUCCUCUCCACCAUCCCAGGCAGUGGGAGGAUGCAGGGGCUGGCUGUCCCUGGAGCAGGAGACCACAUCUCCAUGAAGGCUCAGCCCGAAAGCCCCUGGUUGGGGCGGGCUUGGCCUGACCGUGCCGAGCACGGAGUAGCUCUUCAGUGCAUUCAGGCUGCCCGUGGUCCUGGCACACAGAUGUGCUGCUCUCCUGGUCAGGGGUAGCCAGCCCCUCACCACCCACCACAGACACACCAAAUAAAGGCUCUGCAAAUGUGAA